AUGAAUGGCGCUAAAUGCGCCGCGUGCCUAGCCGCCGUUCUGUUCGUACUUUUCGCGUUCGUCGUCAAAGGUGCAAAAUCGAUAAUAUGCUACAAGUGCAAUUCUAAAUAUGAUCCGAGGUGCGGAGAUCCAUUCAAUCCGUACACCAUUGGUUUAGUUGAUUGCAACAUAACAGACGUGCCUAUUCAUUUGAAAGGAAAAGAACCAGUGAUAUGUCGGAAGACUGUCCAAAACAUUCACAAGAGUAUCCGGAUAGUGCGGGAUUGCGGAUACGUGGAGGAUCCUGCUCACGAUGACCAGGAUUGCUAUGGUAGACUCGGGUCACAUGACAUCGACGUGACCCAUUGCUCCUGUACCUCGGACAUGUGCAACGGUUCCAAGGAUGUCGUCUCCAAUGGACCGUACUGGUACAGCGCGACCGUCACAGCGAUGGUAGCUACAGCCGCCGUCACCAUAAUGGGGUUCUUCCUUAACAUACACCAUUUAUAG